AUAGCAGGUGCGCAGACUAUCGGCAGCAGUUUGUGUCUACAGUUCCGUAGGAUGGUAUCCAUGAUUGGAGCCUGAAUGUUCAGGAGAAAAACACAUGAUCACGUAAUGGCAAAACUUUGCAAAAGUGGCAGAAUAACUCAAGGUCAGAAGUAACCAGCAGAAUGUAGCUUCAAGUCAAGUAGGAAGAGCAGCGAUGACUGUGACCUACCCACUUUCUGCUGUUCACAGUCACAGCCGACGGAUUCACGGACCAAACUGUGAGAUUAACAUUGACGACUGCCCUUCCUAUGACUGCCAGAAUGGAGGAACCUGUAUGGAUGGAGUCAACACCUACAACUGCCAGUGUCCACCCGAAUGGACAGGUCAGUACUGCACAGACGAUGUGGACGAGUGCCACCUGCAGCCCAACACCUGCCAGCACGGUGGCACAUGCUACAACACGCUGGGCAGCUACAACUGUGUGUGCGUCAACGGCUGGAGUGGCCCGGACUGCUCGGAGAACAUCGACGACUGUGCCACAGCCGUCUGCAUGCAGGGAUCUACCUGUGUGCACCGCGUGGCGUCCUUCAUCUGCAUGUGCCCCCACGGCCGGACAGGCUUGCUGUGUCACUUAACCGACGCCUGCAUGAGCAGCCCCUGCCGCGAUGGCUCUCAGUGUUUCAACAACCCCAUCAAUGGCAUGUACAACUGCAUGUGCCAGUCAGGGUACAGGGGCAGCACCUGCUACGAGGACAUCGAUGAGUGCAGCAUCGGUAUAGGCCCUUGUGAGCACAAUGGGCUGUGUAUCAACACAGAGGGCUCGUUCACCUGUAACUGCACCCAGGGAUACACAGGGCCACGCUGUGAGCAGGAAGUCAACGAGUGCCUGUCCAACCCUUGCAAGAACGAUGCCACCUGAACACAACUGAAAACUCCAUGUACAAAGUACAGAUUUGGUUCAGGUUUUGCACAUCGGCUGUUUUAGGUUUGAGGCAAUAGAAAUCCUUACUAUACAAGUCCAGCUAAAAUAAAGUUGUCUGUCUGCC